CUGCAGUCACAGUCUUAUUAUCACAAGAAUAAAUUGCCCUCGGAAUAUUUUUUCCCCCUUCAUGUAAAUUCUGCUCCCUGGAGGGUUUUUCCAGAGGUUCCUCCGUUAAUCCUGUAUGUAAAUUGCAGCCAAUAGAUGCUGUUGUUGAGUUGGGCUGGGAUUAGCAGGAGGCGAAUGAGUUUCAAUUUUACUGGAUUACAGAACAAAGAAAGGGGAAAGGGACACCCUGCUCUGUUAAGGGAAAAAGAGAACAAAACUUGGAAUAAAUACACAAAUAAUAGACUAUAAAAGGUGGCAUCGAGGUCGACAUUGUGAUGAUCCGGAUUACGAUGUUUUAGCAGACGCUGGAGCUUCAUUGUGGAUGGGAAUUGUGAGCGAUUCUGAUGGAUUAAAACGGGGGAAUAAAUAAACCUAUUCCGGGAUUGACAGCAGCAACAAGGCUAUUUAAUCGCUAAUUAAGAGGCAUGGCUCAGAUGAGGAAGCUGGCAUGUGAUGGCAUCAGGACCAACUCCCGGGGCGAGCUGCAGGUCCCGCUGGUGUCAGCCAGGCAGGAGAUCCUCACCAGCCUGGUGUCUGCGCUCGACUCAGUGUGUAUGGCCAUGGCUAAGCUGAAUGCAGAGGUGGCAUGCGUCACGAUACACGAGGACAGCGUGAUUGCAGUGGGCACAGAAAAAGGCAGAGUGUUCCUCAACUCCAGGAGGGAAAUCCAAACAGACUUCUACAAGUUCUGCCGGGCGCCAUGUCUUCAAAAUCUGACCACAACAAACGCCCAUACCAAAGACCAGGAAGGCGAUCACAGCAAACUGAGCAAGGACGGUGAACACGGGAAACAGAGAGCUCCAUCAGACGCUCAAUCUAACAUCUUUGUUCUGAGGAAGAUGGUGGAGGAAGUUUUCACUGUACUUUACAGUGAGGCUGUGGGGAAGAGCAGCCUGGUCCCUGUGCCUUAUGAGUGGAUCCAGAAGGACCCCAGCUGUGUAGUGGCUCACGGCUUGCCCGACGGUGUCACCCUGAAGAAGCCCUCGGAGUACGACACAAAAACUCUGAUGAAGAUCCUGGAGCAGAGCCACAGAAUCCACUUCACUGUAAAACGGCCGGCAGAAGAUUUGUCUCGAGAAGCCAAGUCCAGCACAGACGUCAAUCACAAUUCUUCCUCUGCUGUCAUGACGCCGAGCAGCCACAGCGUGGGGAAGUCUGCUGCACAGGGGGUCACAUCAUCGAGUCCCGCCACGUCCAGUAACUCUGUCCUGUCCAGCUUCUUGUACGGCAUGCCCAUGUCCUCCAAACCACAUCCGGAUGGGAACUUGGAUUUCAAACCCAUGUCCCUCCUCAACCUGGGCAAGGACAGAGCGGCCAACUGGACAGCAGGAGCCGACAAGAUGGGAGCGUCUGCAAAGGACUGUGCAAACAACGAUGAGUCAGGGAGACCAGCUGUUGAUCAGGGUCAGAGUCCUCCUGGGAUCCACAUCUCCAAGAGGCUGCUCUUCUCCAUAGUGCAUGAAAAGUCAGAAAAAUGGGAUUCCUUCAUCCGGGAAACUGAAGACAUCAACACCUUGAGAGAAUGUGUUCAGAUCUUGUUUAACAGCAGAUACGCUGAGGCCCUGGGUCUAGAUCACAUGGUGCCUGUUCCAUACCGCAAAAUAGCCUGCGACCCCGGAGCCGUGGAGAUCAUCGGUAUCCCAGAUCAGAUCCCCUUCAAGAGACCCUGCACCUACGGAGUCCCCAAACUCAAACGCAUCCUGGAUGAGCGCCACGGCAUCCGAUUCAUCGUCAAAAGAAUGUUCGAUGAAAGGAUAUUCACAGCUGCUGGCAAGAUUGCAAGAGAGGAGGGCAAGCAUGACCUGGGCUCCACGCCUGAAGACGGCUUCCCUGACAGUCUGUGCAUCCCGCCCACCGCAGCCGAGCUGAUCAGCAACCCUCACAGCAGCAGAUCAACAAGUGCAUGCGUGAGCCCACUGGCUGACUGUGAAGCAGGUCCUUCAGGAGAUUGCAUUCCUUUGAAACGGAUUAAAACGGAGCCUCCAGAUGGGGAAAUCAUUCAAGUGACGGUGCCAGAGGCUGGCACCAGCGGUGAGGAGCCGAAUGAGUCAGUGGCCGAGCCGGUCGCAGCUGCAGCGUGUCCAUCCACAGCCUCGCCCUCCGCUCCCUCUGCUCCCUCCGCACCCUCUGCAUCCUCUGCACCCUCUGCUCCCUCAGCUCCCAUCCCCCAGAUGGAAAACCACACAGCUGAGGCUCUGUCCCCCGGCACGGUGCCCCAGAGCAUCAGAAGAUCCUCUGAAGCGGGCAGUUUGGUGGAGGAUAUCGGUGAAAUGAUUCAGCAGCUUCGGAGACAAGUGGAGAGCAUCUUCAGCAUUAAGUUUGCUGAAGCUCUGGGCCUUCCUGAACCAGCCAAGGUGCCGUACUCAAAGUUCCAGAUGUACCCGGAGGACCUGUACGUCACCGGGAUGCCGGAGGGGAUCUCACUGCGACGGCCAAACUGUUUCGGAGCGGCCAAGCUGCGUAAAAUCCUGAAUGUGAGCAGUCAGAUCCAGUUUGUCAUCAAAAGACCGGAGCUGCUGACCGAGCAAGUAAAACAAGAGAUGCCUUCCAUCCCCGUCUGUGAUCCAGAGCUGGACGCCAAGGACAUCACGCCGCUAACAGAGGACGAUGCAGCUUUCUCCAAGAGACCGGGAUUCUCAGAGUGCCUGGAGUCCAAGCUGUCCAGGAUCGACCUGGCCAACACGCUGCGAGAGCAGGUCCAGGAUCUGUUCAACAGGAAGUAUGGGGAGGCAUUGGGCAUCAAGUACCCCGUCCAAGUGCCUUACAAGAGGAUCAAAAACAACCCUGAUUCAGUCAUCAUCGAGGGCCUGCCCCCCGGGAUCCCCUUCAGGAAGCCCUGUACCUUCGGCUCCCAGAACCUGGAGAGGAUCCUGGCGGUCGCUGACAAAAUCAAUUUCACCAUCACCAGACCCUUUCAAGGACUCAUUCCAAAACCAGCACCUCGACGGGUCACUUUACUAAAGAAGGCCUACGCUUCUAUAAGUGACGAUGACGACAUUAACCGCAUGGGGGAGAAAGUCGUCUACCGAGAGCAAGUCAAGGAACUGUUCAACAAGAAAUACGGAGAGGCUCUGGGCUUAGACCGCUCCGUUGUGGUCCCAUACAAGCUAAUCCGCGGCAGUCCAGAGUCGGUAGAAGUCAGUGGCCUUCCAGACGAGAUCCCCUUCAGAAACCCCAACACCUACGACAUUGUGUGCCUGGAGAAAAUCCUCCAAGCUGCAGAUGAAAUAUCGUUCAACAUCAAGAGCCAGCUACAACCUUUCGCAGAAAUCUGUAGCCAAGCUUGUAACACAGUAGGAACAAACGCCUCCACCAAUCGACGGAAGCGUAAGAGAGUCCAGGAGAGCAACCGAGUACCCACCUCCUCUGACCUGGGGUUAUCAACCAAUCAGAUUCCAGUGAUGCAGUGGCCCAUGUACAUGGUGGACUACAGCGGAGUGAAUGUGCAGGUUCCCGGCAAAGUCAAUUACUGAAGGGCAAACCUGGACUGCAGCAAAGGGAUUAAGGGAGGAGUUUGCCGAAGUGAUAUUCAUGACUCUUCCACAUAAGACACUAACACUUUUGUCAGAGUGCUACGACUAAAACAAUCUCUCCAGACUGAUUACAGAGAGCUGAAGGUUUGACUCUGAAUGACGAGGAACAACAGAAUGUAUGUGGAUUCAAUUGUUGCAGGGCAAAAAGCGUGGCUUGUUUUCUGUCUCCUGCCUCCACACAGUGCCAGCAGGACAGCUAUCACUUUUUAUUUUCUUCUAAAGCUGAAAAAUGACACUUUUCUUUUUUUUUCUUUUACACAGCUAAAGUCAUGUUGUUUGCCCUUGCUCUAACAAAAUGUCUAUCCACUGAGUCAUGUUGUUGGAUCCAGCAUUUAGAUGCAAUGUAUUACUGACAAAAAAAUGUCUGAUAACAAUCUGGUUCCAUAAUAUUCAGAUAUUUGUACUUUUUAUUUAUUAUAUUUAUUGAAAUAUAACAUUAUGUGCAGGGAUGUAAAAUACAUUAUUCUGUUAUACAGCUCCAUGAAGAACUACCACAACACUAACAUUCAUGCUAAUAGCCACUCAUUAACUACAGGUAACCACUGACAUCAAACUUAACACAAGUGUUGAAGUGUCUUAAUUAAACAAAUUUACAAGUCGACCAAUUUCCUCCUCUGUCAUUUGAAAGGUGAAAGGCUCAAGUUAUGUUACAAUACUGUGCUGCUGUGCCUCAGGUUUCUAUUAUUAAUGUAUAAGGAAUCUGACAAAUCAUUAUAGCUUUGCCUUUUCUUGUUGAGUUUAAAAAAAACAGCCAUUGUUAGCAGUCGAUCAAUCCCUAGUUAACUAACUUUUAGCUUGUUUCCAUCAUCAUUUAUCAUCGUACUGACGUGAGAUGGUUCAAAGCUGAUUUGAUUGUUGUCAAAAGCAGCAUUUAAAACGUAUUUUACAACAUUUUCCAUGAUCAAGGAGUUCAAAACAAAUCACGUUUCACUAUCAAACAGCUAAGAAGUGGCUCAAACCAAUUCAAAGCUAACGUGAGUGUCAGCGUGCUAACGCAACUUAUAGCGUGAUGUCUGACGUUUUCAGUCAUCAUGGUCGUGUCGUGAAACAAAAAUGAAUUUUUUCAUGAACUAACAGCCUUUCUAUCCAAUGAUAUACCACUAUUCCUCGUCAGCUACGUAGUGUUUUAAAGCGUACCUUAGCUGCUGUCAAUAACAGCAUCUUACCAAUGCUUAGCUAACAUUGCUGUUCUCUUUUUUGUGGAUUUACAUCACUCCUGUCUCAUUAUGUCACCAUCAAAUGGUAAUUAGCUAGGACGUGGUUAAAAGCCUUUUGCAGCCGUUGUCAAUUAAAGAGUUUACCAAUUCUAAGCUAACGUUAGCGUAAGCUUGUAAACAUUACCAUUAGCUUGAUGUAUGGGAAUGUUCAUGUAAUUCCACAAAAUAUUGUUUGAUAUGAAUUUGAACCUUUAUUGUCUAAGAUUAAACCAUUGUUAGAUGGUAAUGUUAGCAAGGUAGUGUUUUAAAGCUUACCUUAGCAUCUAUUAGACAUUAUUGUUAGCUAGCUACCAUUUCCUUCAGCUGGAAAAGGAGCCUUGUAAUGUUUAAAAUGGAAGUGUUAGCGAGGUAGCGGUUCAAAGUUUAGACUUUUUUUUAAAAAAUGGACCAAUCCCAAGUGAACUGAAGUUUGUUAAGAUUACUUUUACACUGUAAAUGUUUUCAGUAAUCCAGGUCAUUUAACAGAAAUAUAGCUGUAGAAUUAACACUAUAAACCAUUAUUAAAGAGCCAUUUUAGCUGGAUUAAUUUUAAAACUUACUUCAGCUGUCAAUUAUCACAUCUAACUGACUAUCAGGUGAAACUACUGUAAGCUAGCUAACAUUAACGUAGCCAAAAUAUAUAGUUAUUGUGUCAUCCGUCAUUAUCAAAUGCUAAUGUAAUGUAUAAUUUAGUUGUUUUUAUAAGUCAUUUCUAGCUAAAAUUCCUUAGCUAGCUUACAUUAGUGACAGCUUUACUAUUUAACAUGUAUUAUCAAACAAUGUUAGCUUGGAAUCCUAGCUAACAUUACUUUACAAGCUUACAGAACUUUAAGCUAUCAUUGUUCCUCUUUUCCUAUCCUAUAUAGUGCUACUAUCCAACAGCAGUGUUACAUUUGUUUUAGUCGAUUGUAGCUAUCAAACAUCUAGCUUACAUUGAUUUUAGCUAGCUAUGAAUUUGUGCCUCUUCUUCUGAACAUGUUACUGUCAGUCACGUUAGCAUGGAGGAGGUUUGUUGCUAAUAUGUAAUGGUAAAGAAUGAGUCAGCAAACAUAUUUUUAGCUUUAAAUAUCACCCAACAUUCCUUUAAAUGUUCACUGUUUAUGGUUUAUCAGUUGCUGAUUGAUUGGGAAGUGGUAUAAUAAUUAUAUUUGUCAAAUUCUUUAUGCUUUUAAAAAUAGCAAACUUUUAACACAGCAGUAAAAAGAACUUGAGCUUUGUGACCCGAGUGUAUAAUGCCAGAGGAAACUGUGAAAAUGGUGAAUUGGAUCAUGUGACAACAACAUUAAGCCAUCAGAAAUUAAAAGGGGACGAAACUGACUCAAAGUUUGCCCGUCAGGUAAACCGCUGCUCAGACAGCAGUAGUGAGUACCUGCAAUAAACACAAGACCUUCAGUAAACAGCCUCUUUAUGUUAGCACCACAGUAAGAACAUGUAAAAUAUCUCAUUAAAGUCAGCCUGAAUGUAACAUGUAAAGGAAAGAAUGGUAUGUUAUUCUGCAAUGACUGUCUCUGGACUAACAAUAUUUAAUAUGCUGUACCUUAACGCCAAUUAGGCCUUUGAAAUAAAAUGUGUUGCCUUGCACUUUCA